AUGAAGGCGUUAGGGUAUUGGCUAAUGGUGGUUGGUUCACUGAGAUUAGCUUCGGUUUGGUUUGGUUUCUUCAACAUUUGGGCUCUUCGUCUCGCUGUCUUCUCUCAGACCACCAUGAGUGAAGUUCAUGGACGUACAUUCGGAGUAUGGACACUAUUGACUUGCACUCUCUGCUUUCUUUGUGCAUCCAACCCUGACAACAAACCACUAUACUUGGCUACCUUUCUCUCAUUUAUCUACGCCUUGGGCCAUUUUCUGACUGAAUACCUCUUCUACCAUACAAUGACCAUCGCAAAUCUCUCUACCGUGGCCUUCUUUGCAGGUAUGGCUUGUAACAUCACUCACCUCGUGUAUUCAACCUGUUAA